AUUCAGGUCAUCGUUGCUAUUAUUUUCGCCAUCGGCUCCGUGUCAGCUUUGGGCUCUGGACCCUACCUACCUAGUGGAUGGAGGCCUUCUGGUCCCAGUUUCUACCUACCUUCGGAAGUCGCGAAACCAUCAGAAGGUCCAGUGAAGGAAAACCUUCUCCAAGAAACCGAGGCCUCCGCUUCAGAUGCUCUCAGGGAAUAUGGACCCCCGAAAGUCGAAGCCGUGGUCCAGUACAGCGUGAACCAAGGUCUUCCUGAUGAGGCUACCCAACAGACCUUCUUUGUACAAUCUCUGGCUACCCAGGAACUGCAGGCUGGAGCUGGUGAAACCGUUGCCGUCGAAGUUAACACAGAAUCUGCCGCUAUCGUAGAAGAAGUAGCAUCAACUGCUGAAGCUGUGGCCGAGAAAAUUGAACAAGCUGAGGUCAUUGCUGAAGUCCAGCCUACUUUGGAGGCCGUAGCUGAAGUUGUUGAGCAAACCGAAGCUGCCCAAGCUGUGGAAGCCACGGAAGCAGCUCUGGCUGAAAUUGUGGAACCAACUGCCGCUGUCCAAGAAGAGGUAGUAGCUGAGGAGGUUGUCCCUACUGUGGUAGUCGAGGAGGCUGUUCCCACCGCUGUUUUUGAACAAGUAGUUGUUGAGAAAGUUGCUGAAGGUGUGAACAACAUCGCUGAAGCUAUUGUAAAGCUUGAGACUGAGGCUAAAGCUGCUGAGGCUGUUGAAUCUGCUGUGGAAAUCAAACAGGAGGUUUCAGGAUCCCUGCAACAGGCCCCUGAAGGUUUCCUUGAAUACGGACCCCCCGGUUUCAGGGAAUACGGACCCUCUAAAUCUGCCGCAGUUGAGGCCGCCCCCGAAAACAACGAAGUCAGGAGGAGGCGUUUCUCACCCAAAUUCAAGUCCCACAAGAAGCACUAA